AGCUCCGUGCACUGCCGUCCGCCUCGCAGCACCGGCUGAUGACGUGUUUUGCAGGCCUAGUUGCCACAUUGCCCAAUGGUGUUCAGCCUGGGCCUGAUUUUUAUGGACUGCGGUGGAAGCCUGUACUUCUCACUGUCUUCUUGGGAAUUGUUUCAUUUGCCAUUUUCUUCUGGAGAACUAUUCUUGUUGUCAAAGAAACAGAAUAUCAAGUUACUGAACAGCAAAUUUCUGAAAAGUUAAAGAACGUGAAGAAAGAAAAUGAAGAACUAGUGCAAAAAGUGUCAAAUUAUGAACCAAAGAUCAAGGAAUCAAAGAAACAUGUUCAAGAAACCAAGAAAUAAAACAUGGUCCUCUGUGACGAAGCAAUGAAAUAUAAGGAUAAAAUCAAGCUACUUGAAGAAACUAAUGAGAUUCUUGAGGACAGAGCUAAAAGUCUUCAUGUUGUGUUAGAAUCUGAGAGAGAACAAAAUGUCAGCAAUGAGGACUUGAUAAUAGAAAAGAAGAAAUCUAUAGAGAAGUUAAAGGCUGUUAUUUCAAUGAAUGCUUCAGAAUUUUCACAGGUUCAAAUUGCUCUUCAUGAAGCUAAGCUUAGUGAAUACAAGGUGAAGUGUGAAUGCCAUCGGGUUCAGGAAGAAAAUGCUAGGCUUAAGAAGAAGAAAGAGCAGUUGCAGCACGAAAUCGAAGAUUGGAGUAAAUCACAUGCUGAGCUCAGUGAGCAAGUAAAAUCAUUUGAGAACUCCUAGAAAGAUGUAGAAGUAGCUCUUACUCAGAAAGAUGAUAAUAUUAAUGCUUUGACUAAUUAUAUUACACAGUUGAAUGGGAUAGAGCUUGAAUUGGAAUGUGAGGGUCAAAAUGAAGGAGGAGGUGAGUCAGAUGAACUGGCCAAUGGAGAAGUAGGAGGUGACCAGAGUGCGAAGGUAAAAAAUCGAAUUAAGCAGCUGAUGGAUGUCUCUUGGAUGCAAACUGCAAUAUCAGUAGUUGAAGAGGAUCUAAAACUUUUACAACUGAAGCUAAGAGCCUCAAUGAAUGCAAAGUGUAACCUAGAAGACCAAAUAAAGAAAUUAGAAGAUGACCACAAUUCACUCCAAUCCGCUAAAGCUGGGCUGCAAGAUGAGUACAAAACUCUGAGUCAGAAAGUGCACAUUUUAAAUGAACUGUACCAGCAGGAGGAGAUGGCUCUGCACAGGAAACUGAGUCGACAAGAGUAUGAGAGACAAGAAAGAGCACAGCGGCUAUCAGCUGCAGAUGAAAAAGCAGUUUUGUCUGCACAGGAAGUUAAAACUUACAAGCGGAGAAUUGAAGAAAUGGAGGAAGAAAUUCAGAAAGCAGAGCGCUCAUUUAAGAAUCAGAUUGCCACUCAUGAGAAGAAAGCUCAUGAUAACUGGCUCAAAGCUCGUGUUGCAGAAAGAGCUAUAGCUGAAGAGAGAAGGGAAGCUGCUAAUUUGAGACACAAAUUAUUGGAAAUGACCCAAAAGAUGGCAAUGCGGCAAGAUGAACCUGUGAUUCUAAAACCAAUGGCGGGAAGAGCAAAGACACAACACCCUCCCCGGAGAGAUAGGGAGCACUUUGUAAAGGGAUGUAGACUAUUUCUUGGUGCAGAAUGUCCACUGAGGAGGAAUGGGUCUUUUGGCCCAUCCCCUGUGAGUGCUGGAGAACGUUCCCCUCCACUGACAGCAGAACCAGCUGGGAGACCUGUCUCUGCUACUCUGAAUGGAAGAGAUAUGGGUAGAAGUGAAUUUGGGUCAAUGGAUGGACCUUUAUCUCGUCUUGGAUGGUCUUCUGAGGCAUCUGGGAAACCCUUUGCCUCUGACCUGGGAUGUGGUCCAGCUCCUGUGGAUAGCAGCUCCAGGAGCUCUUCUCCAGCCAAGCUGAUGGAUGAGGGCAAGGUUAAUAUGGCUACCAAAGGGCCCCCUCAUUUCCCAGUGGUCCCUCUCAUGGGCUCCCCUGUGGGAGGGCCCCUACCACCACCUGUUCAAUAUGGAUCGCCACCUUGGCCACUUCCUGGGCCACUUCCUUGGCCACUUCAGCUCGGUGGACCUUUUGGACCUCCACCAUUUGGUAUGAUGAUUUGAACACUACUGAUUUACCUGUACUGAUUUACCCCAAACCAUGGUCCCCAAGACUACUCACCAUCGCUUUCUGCAAGAAACUUAACAUCUUCAGGCUCUAGAGAUGAACCUUCAUCUGCCUCUCAGAGCAGUAGCCAGGACUGUUCACAGGCUUUAAAACAACCUGUAACCAUGACCUCUGACACUUAGUCAGAAUGUGGACUGUGCACUCUUCAUUAUGUAAAGGGAUUAUUGGCUUUGAAAUCCAAAAGUCUUAAGGAUUUGUUUUUAGAACUAAGCUGCCUUGGCAGUCUGCAUUUUUGAGCCAAAAAGUUCCAAAUUAUCAUUUCCCCUUCUAAAUAAUGAUCACCUCUUAACCUAAAGUGUCCUUCCAACUUUGAAGUGUGCAAUAAGGAAUACCUGUGUUUUAGUUAAAGCAGCAUAUAUAAUUGCUAAAUGAUUUAGAAAAUCAUAAAAUAUGAACAUUUCCUGUGAAAAUGCAUUAAGAACAUGUAUUUCCAUUAUCCUAUUUUGAGUGCAGUCCAGUUGAUAGAAAGCAAUGGUGUUCACAAGCUUGAUGUUUCUGUCUCAAUACCUGGUCACAGAUUGUUAUGCUAAAAAUGUUUACUCAAAGGUCCUAAACUUAUUUCCCUUCUUGCUGAAGUUCUUUGUAGUGAUAGUAAAUAAAAAAUUGUU